GCAAUGGAGCCCUGGGCACUCACCACUUUCAUCCUUGUGGUUUGUGUUUCUUUCUUGGUCUUUUUGUCACUAUGGAGAAAAGACUACAAAGGGAGGAAGCUGCCUCCUGGCCCAGUUCCUCUCCCCAUCGUAGGGAAUAUGCUACAGUUAGACCAGAACAUCUCCAGGUCUCUUUGCAAGCUAUCUGAAAAGUAUGGUCCUGUGUAUACUGUUUAUUUUGGGUCACAGCCAGUGGUGGUUUUACACGGCUACAAAGCACUGAAGGAAGCUCUGAUUGAUCAGGGAGACAUUUUUGGAGGAAGGGGGUAUCUACCAAUAGUUGAUGACAUUUACAGAGGACAUGGAAUUGUUUUCAGCCAUGGAGAAAAGUGGAAACAAAUCCGCCGAUUUUCCCUGAUGACUCUGAGGAACUUUGGGAUGGGGAAAAGGAGCAUUGAAGAGCGUGUCCAGGAGGAAGCUCAGUUCCUUUUGGAGGAACUGAGGAAAACAAAUAGUCAGCCCUUUGAUCCCACUUUCAUUCUUGGAUGUGCGCCUUGCAAUGUUAUCAGUUCUAUCCUUUUCCAUCAGCGUUUCAACUAUGAUGAUGAGAAAUUUCUUUCUAUGUUAAGGAUAUUAAGUGAAAACGUGACUCUACUGAACACUCCAAUGGCUCAGCUCUAUAAUAAUUUUCCAUGGUUUCUCCGCUAUUUUCCGGGACCUCACAAAAAAUUUUUUUCAAAUGUCAAGAAACUUAAAGAGUUUAUUUUGAAUAAUGCAAAGAAAUACCAACAGACACUGGAUCCUAACAAUCUUAAGAAUUACAUUGACUGCUUCCUCCACAAAAUGCAGCAGGACCGAAAGAAUCCAGACUCUGUGUUUGACUUUGAAAAUCUGGCAACAGCAGGAAUGGAUUUAUUUGAUGCUGGAACAGAAACGACCAGUACCACUUUGAGAUAUGGCCUGCUUCUCAUCCUAAAGUACCCAGAAGUACAAAAAAAGAUUCAUGAAGAAAUUGAUCGAGUGAUUGGACCACAUAGAAUUCCUUCCAUUAAAGAUAAACUGGAGAUGCCCUAUACAGAGGCUGUGCUGCAUGAGAUACAGAGAUUUGUUGAUCUUGUUCCUUUCAGUCUUCCUCAUGAAGUAACCCAAGACACCCAACUCCAACAAUACUUCAUACCUAAGGGCACAACAGUGUACCCUUUGCUUUCCUCUGUCUUGUCUGACCCAAAAGAAUUCCCUAACCCAGAACAGUUUGAUCCAGGGCACUUCCUGAAUAAGGAUGGCAGUUUUAAGAAGAGUGACUACUUCAUGCCUUUUUCUAUAGGAAAACGGGCCUGUUUGGGAGAAGGCUUAGCUAAGAUGGAAUUAUUUUUAUUCCUCGUCACCAUUCUGCAAAAUUUUACGCUGAAGAGUGUUGUGGAUUCAAAGGAAAUUGACAUCAAGCCAGGCUCUACCGGAUUGCUUACUGUUCCUCCAAAGUUCGAGCUCUGCCUUCUUCCCCGCUAAGGAAGAGAAAGCCACCCAUCCAAUCCACCUUAUUGCUUUCUCACCAAGAUCCUAAUUCUUUUCUGUUGAAAGUAGCCAGGCCAGCCUUAUGGGGGGGGGGGGGGGGAAUGCAAUGCUUAGUGUUCUCUUUGAAUAGACUCCAAUCCUUACAUAUGCACUAGGAAAUGCAAUAGAUUAAAGAACUCCUUAUAUACCUUCAUGUCAUUGGGUAGCACUAUGGAAUAGCAUGAAAACACCCUUGGCAUCUUCAUACUUUAAACCAUGCUUUAUGUUUAGGAAGUUUUAAUUCAAUAAAAGGUUGAUCUAUA